UCAAAAACUAAUUGAACCGGUUACAUUUAACAAUUUAAUAUCCGGUUGAACCGGAGCUAGUGGACUUGGAUUUCUGAAUUUACUCGACCUAUUUCAGUUAGCCCAUGGACUUUAUUCGAUCAUGUAACCUGAUUCAAGAUUUCAGUGUUAUCCCAUCCGGUCAUUCCCACACUGAUUUCUCUCAAUUCGAUUUCUCCAAAACUCGCGAACAGUCUCCAAAAAUCGAUAGUACUCUACAACAAUUUCUCAAAGGGAAUCAGGCAAUGGCAGAAACAAUACCCUUCAAAAACCUCCACAGUAGGGAAUAUCAAGGCCACAAGAAGAAGGUACAUUCAGUCGCUUGGAACUGCAUUGGCACAAAGCUUGCAUCGGGCUCUGUGGAUCAAACAGCUCGGGUAUGGCAUAUCGAGCCCCAUGGCCACAGCAAGGUUAAGGAUCUUGAACUAAAGGGGCAUACAGAUAGUGUAGAUCAGUUAUGUUGGGAUCCUAAACAUGCCGACUUGAUUGCCACUGCAUCAGGUGACAAGACUGUUCGUCUAUGGGAUGUCCGCAGUGGAAAAUGUUCACAGCAAGCAGAACUCAGUGGGGAGAACAUUAACAUUACCUAUAAACCAGAUGGGACUCAUGUAGCAGUUGGGAACCGGGAUGAUGAACUGACAAUACUAGAUGUUCGAAAAUUCAAGCCCAUCCAUAAGCGCAAAUUCAACUAUGAGGUAAAUGAGAUCGCAUGGAACAUGAGUGGGGACAUGUUCUUCUUGACUACUGGAAAUGGUACUGUUGAAGUGCUGGGAUACCCAUCGCUUCAAGCGGUUGACACCUUGACAGCUCAUACUGCUGGUUGUUAUUGCAUUGCUAUUGACCCCUUGGGAAGAUAUUUUGCUGUUGGAAGUGCGGACUCGUUGGUGAGUCUGUGGGAUAUCUCGGAAAUGCUUUGUGUGCGUACAUUCACAAAGCUCGAAUGGCCAGUGCGGACCAUAAGCUUCAAUCACACGGGUGAAUAUAUCGCUUCCGCUAGUGAAGACUUAUUCAUCGACAUAUCGAAUGUAGAAAGUGGGAGGUCAGUUCACCAAAUCCCGUGUCGGGCAGCCAUGAACAGCGUGGAGUGGAAUCCAAAAUACAAUUUGCUCGCGUAUGCUGGUGAUGACAAAAACAAGUAUCAGGCGGAUGAAGGUGUUUUUCGGAUAUUUGGCUUUGAGAGCACGUAACUUAACUAAUUCCCUCCGAUCUAGGGUGUAGUUGGAUCUCCUCAUCUUCUCUUUUUCAAUAUUAAUAUUAAAGAAUGAAUGAAUGAAUGAAUGUUUCCAACCUCAUAUCACAUCUGUUUAAAAACGGAUAUUGUAAGUUGAUUUUGGUGGAUCAUCAUCCAUCACGUCCUUUGGUCAAAUUUUUAUUUUUUUGGUUGCUUAUUAUAUAUAGAAAAGAAUACAGUAGUAGCAAUUUUAUUUCCAUCUUAAGAUAAUUUCAUAUGUUAUUCCCUAAAUAUCAUAUUCGAUUAUUUGUCAUUUUGCUGUUUUGCUAACUUGAACCAUAGCCACUAAACUUGAUGAUCAAAUAGUAUAUCACUGAAAACAUAAAUCAGAGUAGAAUCUUGAAGACUGAAGUCACCUUGAACCAGAAUCACUAUUCACGGGUCUGUGAGCUUGAGUUUGAGCAACACCUGAACAUGAAGGAUUGGAUACGUGUGGUGUCAAUAUAACACCCUACUUGGAGAACAUAUUUGCAUUGAAACCAUGAGUGGAUUACAAACUUCUGAGUAAUGGUGUGAUGGAGGAAUUUAGGCGUGCUUGGAAAGAUGAGAUUGGAGAAAAGAAUGUUAUGUGACUGGUUAAUUUAAGGAUCGGAAAAGAGGGUGACUCGGUUUAAAUAUAGACAUUUUGAACUUUGAAGUAAACUGAUUUUGGUAUAUCGAAUACAGUGGUGGAAUCAGGGUAAAAGCAAAGGGG